AACGGAUUUUCAGCUCCAACAUGUACGGUCACACUGGAUCUCAAAUUCUGGCGCAAAGCAAGAAAAAAAUAGGAAGCGUCCUAGUUAAACUACUUAAAUGUAUCGAUUCCCUGUGGAAAAAUGUCUAGUGAUAUAGCCAGCCAGCUAAAAAGCAGUCGCCACGAUGUGGAGAAAGCCCGCAAAACGGUGGAGGCCAAAUUCCGGGAGUUGUCUGGAGAUGCACUACCUCUGAGAUACGAAGUGAAUGUGUUGCGCCAUAUUUGCCUUGCCGUAAAGGAUAAUCUGCACCAGAAUUCGGAUCUUUACUGCGACAUUAUAGGCAUAAUGCUGCCACGUGUAGUUCCCUUUGAGGAGAAGCCCAGCUUAUGGGAGGCGCACUUAACCAGUCUGCGGUACAUACAUCAUGGCUUGUGUCAGCAGCGGUCAAUUGAAGCCUGCCAAAAGCUGUAUAAUCUCAUUCGAGCACAACCUUGCCGUCUGCAAGAGGAAUCGGACCACAAAAUAUACCUGGACAUUCAUUUGACCCACUUCAAUGGCCUCCAUGUGCUGCUGCAGAAGCAAAAACUACCUUUGGAAGCCACAAGUCACCUGUGCUAUGCUCUGGAAUCCCUGGGAGAACUGUUCGUGGCCAUGAAGCAAAGGAAAAUACAUCAAUGCGCACCGCUUCUAGUUCAACUAAACGAGAGUUUAUUUGGCAAACGAAGUAGAACAUUCUUCAAGUCCCUGAGCUUUUUGCCGUCGGAGAGUUUAGCCAAGAUGUUCAACCCGCUGCUUAUGCUCCUGGCCAGCAGCCCUACUUCAGACUUAGCCAACUUAUUUCACGAGUACCUUAGUCUUACGUUUGCUCUCGUACAAAUCGACAUGUUUAGUCCGCAGUCCAAUCAGCAAAUGUCAUUGCAGCUGCUACGCAUGUGCAAGGAACUAUUUCGCCAGGAAUCAAACCUCAGCUAUUCCCUACAGCUGAUAUACUACUAUAUCAAGUUAAUCUAUGUUCGGGAACCCACAGCCGACUUUAAACGUACCUACAUUGACUUGUCGAGCAAAUUUCAGCACUUCCUUGAGCACAAGGGAGCAUCUCAUGCCAAAGAACAGUGGCUUGCUGAUUUUCUGGUGGCCAUUCAAUUGCUGCAGGUGCUUAUCCAUCAGAGUAGCAGUAAGUUGCAGAGCCCUUUUCAGUUAUUUUGGCAGCAGUUUGACGGAGAGAGCAGUGUGGAGAUCUAUACAGCGCACUUUCAGUUGCUUCAGACGUGUGCUAGCUUGGCGGUUAAUGUUACGAGGAGUCCCUUGGGCUGCAGUUGCACUCAUGAGGCAUGCAAGAGCGUGCGGAGGCACUGCAUCUUGGCGUAUGGAUUGUGCGCAUUGGAUGCAUAUAUUAAUUGGAAAUCGACUGAAGAGCAGAGAGCAAAUGUGAGUCCUCACAAACCCUUGCUGGGACUAGUCAAAUACUCUAUGGAUGUGGCUAAGACCAUGAAAUGCUUGGGUUCCACCAGUGUGGAGCUCAUCAAGCUAGUGCGCCAGCUGACAUACGUGGCUGAUCAGGUCACCUGUCCGGAGCAAAUGUCCUUGUUGCCGCCACUUUUGGAGCCACUGCAGAAGCUGCGACCUCUGAUUGCCGACCAGGAUAUGAGUAGCUUACUCCGACGCCUCUUCAAAGCCAGCUACCAUUGCAAGGAUCCCAAUAUGGCAAGUCGAAUCCAAGCUAGCUAUUUGGCCUCGAUUACGAAUCCCACCCGAUUGAGAUCUCAGAUCUGUUUGUACUACCACAAUUUGGGAAAAAAGGGCAAUGAAAUCAGUAGGUGUGUCUACGAGUGGCAUGAGUCCUCUCCACUACCUUUUCCUCUUACUCCGGACCAGACGAAACAGCUGUACGAUACCGAUUUCUUUGCCGCACUACACUAUUUGAGGAGUCCUUCUAUGACUCAUAUGGAAUCGCUAAUUCGUUGCCGAAUGAGUGACUACCAUCUGGUACUUUUGGCCAGGCAAAUGCGAAAGGAUGCUUCAAUUUCGAAGAAGUGCUUGGAGGUUCAUGCGAAGCUAAAGCAACAACGUACCCUCUGUCGAAUGGAAGAUUUGUGCCUGGGCCAUGCAAGUGUUGGACUACUCCUGGAUGCACUGGAGGCUCAAAAAACCAAGGUUUCUACCAAGGAGAUAACAGAAAACAUGUUCGAGGAGCUGCUCCUCAGGCAGAAUUUAUGGCAGAUGAAUAUACAAAGAGAGCAGCGAUUGGUCAUCUAUGCUAGUGAAGCUAUCUCGGCUUUCAACAACUUCUUCAAUCGAGCAGAUCAAGAGCCAUUGAGCAGCAAUGAAACCUCUAUUGAUUGGGAGGCCUUGAUUGACGAUGCCAUCGCUGCUGCCAAUGCACUUUCGAGUAUGGGUUAUCAAUCACAAGGGGAUGAUGCCUGGCUGCUGCUCCUGAGGAUGGGUCGCUGGCUGGAAGAUCGUUUCACCUAUCUCCGGGCCCUAAAUCAUUUUCUAUCUCAGAAUGAGGUUAGUACGCGAUUGAACCUGAAUCUCUCCGAGGAAGUCGAAGUAGCAGAGGAAUUGCUGGAUGAUUUGUGGCCUCAACUGAAAAACGGAAAAUUCUUUAAGCGGCAGCAAACAACUGUAAUGCUCUGUUUUUGUCACCUCGCCAGUUACUAUGCCAGAAUGGAAUGCCACAGCCAUGCCCAGUUGCUUUUAUUGCAAGUGGAACAACUUCGCGAAGAGUUUCCUGAAAGGCAAGGAAAAAGUGAUAUUGUAUUGCUUACACUGCAAACAGUGCGCUUUCGACUAGGGUAUCAGCAAAGGAAGACGACAAAUUGCAAGCUGCCGACUCCCCUGCGACAAUUGGACACUCUCUUGGACAAUGUGCGAAGUUUCUGCAACCUAUCCAGUUUAGAUGGUGGCUCAUUGCAGCUGCUUCUUUCGACUCUCGUCAGAGAGAGCACCGAGUGCUCUGCAAACAGAUUAAGCGAACGAUUGGCCUUCUCCAACAUUGCGCUACAUUUGGUCUUGCAAUCUGGUUUGGCUUUAAGAACCAUAGAGGUAUUCCUCGCCUGGUUAUGGACCAAUUUACAAAUGGAAAAUUUCGACAAGGCGCAAUCGAAGUUGAGACUCAUCGAGCAUUGUAUGGGUAUAAAACAGCUGAAUCCAACGACUCGGCCAGAAAAGGAAGCGAUUAAGGAUCCAGCUAUUAGUGAUCUGGCAAGCAAUAUGCAUCUCCUCCAAUUGGUGGAGCCAAUCAGGAAACAGCAUUUGUUAAAUACGGCUUCGCCAAAUCUACUCAGCAUGCGACCACAUAGCCCAAACCUCCAACUGGACUUGGAUCGCUACCUGACACUGGAUGAGGCGCCUUCGAAUCUUCGAGAGAAUUCUCAGCUGCAAUGCUUGUACUUCGUAAUGGGCUGUCUUCAUGCACGUCUCCGCUUUCUUCAGCGGAAGAGUGAACAAUUGGAAGAAUUCUACGAAAAAGCGCAUAGUUGGCUGCAGGAAAAACCAGUGGCGAGUAAUGCUAUGUGCUCCAUGUUGCAUGCCCAGCAGCUCUUUCAUCUGAACUAUCUUCGCUUCAUGCGAAAGCAUGUAGAGGCUAUAUCAACGGCUCAAUUGGGUCUUAAAAUGCGGCCACGAGCGGUCGAUAUUAACUUUGAAUUUAACUUCUUCGCUCAGCUGAAGACAGCUCAAUCGGAGCUUAAACCCGUGGGCAAGGAAAAACCAAAGAUCAAAACCCUUAGACGGGCUUUGGUUUUCAAUCUCUCUCCGGAAGACAAGAAACGACCCGCAACCGCAUCAGCUUCAGCAGUCAAGAAUAUGGCGGCCAAAGCCAAGCAGUCGGCCAAAAAGCCACCUCGGUUCAGAAUUUACGAGGAGUUGGAACUACGACCACCGAGUGCUGUCAGUAACAGUAGCGGCGGCAGCGGAACAGAGAACACUCCACCUUCGGAUCACGUGGAUCUUAAUGCCUGCCAAGCGAUCGAGAUAAGCGACGACGACGAUUUACCUUCAGUGGCCACGAAAAAGAACCAACCAAAAAGUAGAGAUAAAGCUAAGCCCACGUCAAAAGCCUGUAAAGUCCUAACAUUGGACAACAGCUUGGAAAUAGAAAAAACGCCAGCAAGAACUAUGAGUGCACGGAGUACCAGAGCUAGGGCUCGCCAACCAGUAGAGACACCGAAGACAGCCACUCUUUCAUCCAGGCGAACGAGGCGUCAGGUGUCGGAACCACAGGCUCCUGAAACGGAGUCCACUAGCACACGCACACGUCACCGGCACUGAUUAGAUAGUAGUCUCCUUAGUUCUUAUUUAUUCUUAUUGAAAAUGUCUUGGUAUUUAAAUAGAUAUUGUAUGUAAGUGUUACUAGAAAUUAAAUAUUUGCUUUUGGUGGCAGGGAUAGUAGUGACGUUAUACAGAUAUCGUUGCUCCAAAAUCCGCGCUGAAUUCGCUGGCCAUUGCUGCCAUGGUAAUAAACACCAGAUCCUGAUUUGCAGCCUCCUUCAAAUUGACCCACGUAGCGAUUCCCACUUGCUAUGAACACCAUAUUAACUUAUUAACAUCUUUAUACAUUUUUAAAGUUCAGAACAAUAAAUAAAUGCAUCUAACCAUA